UACAGAAAAUCCGCAGUUUAUACAAGACUUCAACAUUUUAGUCAAAUGCAGGUAACAUGACUUUCAACGAUGGUGACAACGAUCGGAUUGGAAAAGAAGAAGAACAUGCUGGAUUGAUUGAAAAUCAGAUUAUUUCACAGAAAACGAAGAAACAAUUACCAUCCUGGCUGGAUCGUCCAUAUCAUGUUUGGAGGGAUCAGUUUCAACAGGAUAAAUGUUGCCCCAAGAAAAUGGUUAAGCGGGAGUUAAUGUUUGCCUCGACAUAUGUUCUCAUUCUGAACGUUGCGUUAAUUCUUUAUGUUCUAUUCGGAUGUCAAGUCUUCGAUCUGCGACAUUCUUCGACAAAUAAUGAAGCAUCCUUCUUGGAUAGAGCUCUUUUCUGCAUUACAACAAUUUCAACAAUUGGAUAUGGAAACAUUGCUCCAUUUGACGAUCGAGGAAAAGUAAUUUGUAUAUUAUAUUGUGUGGCUGGAAUACCAUUGUUCUUCAUGACUGUUGCAACGAAUAGUGUACUUGUUGUAGAUAUUUGUAAUAUUGUACACAGAAGUUAUAGCUCACAGAACGUGGAGAACUCCGGAUUUCGAUGGUAUACCUCUGCAAUUCUUCUAGCCGCUCAUUGUUUUAUUGGAGCUCUCAUAUUCUCACUGUGGAUCGAUCAACUUGACUUUCUAGAUGCAUUCUAUUUUAGUUUCAUUUCGAUUACAACUAUUGGAUAUGGAGAUUACUCCCCAACUCCAGAAGGACUUUUUCAAUAUAUAAUUGUAACUGUAUACCUUUGCACUGGAGUUGCUACAAUGCUUCUAUUUUUUGCAAGUCUUCAAAAAGGAAUCAUGUGGAUUCAUUACUAUGGAAGAAAGGUUUCAGAUUCAGAAGAAGCUGAAAUUUGGUUUGGAGGGCAAAUGAUGACUGUCAAGGAUUUGGUCACUUUGGUGGCUGAAAAGUUUGGAUCAACGCCGGAAAAACUGAGGGAAGUAUUACAUGAUCUUGAUAAGAUAUUGGAAGUUGCAUGCAAACAAGCAGAGGAAGAUGACGAUGAAGAAGAUUGGAGAUCAGUUAAUAAUUCGGAAGCUUUAUCUCCUCCUGCUCCAAGAAAGAAGACAGUUUUCUUAUCAGGAUCUUCCGAUGGAGAUGAUUGUCAGGCAACGAUUCAUUCCUUCACAAGUACUAAUCAGAGAAGUAUUCCGAAGGAUACUGAGUUGGCAAUUCUUGCCCUCGGCACUAUUCAACAUCAUUUGAGGAAACCAUCAGUUCGAGGAAUACACGGUCACCACCAUCAUCCAAAGAUUCCAUUUUCUAAACCGGCCUCUGACAGCAAUAUUGAGUCAAAAGAAGCAAUUACAUCACUUGAUUUACGGAAGAAAGCUCAUCGGGUACACAGUGAUGGUCGACUUUUACUGCAACAAGAUGUGUAGAUAUUCUGCAAUUUUAGAUUUUUCGAAACAAAAAAAGAAACGGAUAUCAAUAAUGUGUUACUUUGUCAAUUCACCUGGUCAAAACAAGUGGCUUUAAUACGUAAUUUUUUAACGAAAGAAACUCAUUGUUCUGAUUGUAUUAUUUCUAUGGAAAUAAAUGAAACAUUUUUCCCCAGCUGACUACGAGCUUAAUUUUUCGUUUCAGUAUUUGGAAACAAACUUGAGAACAUAAAGUCAUU